AGAGAGAGAGAGAGAGAGAGAGAGAGAGAGAGAGAGACUUCAACUUCAUAAAGUGCACUGCAGGUAUUAAACACAGUGAACUGAAGUGUUGGUCUGUUUCUGUCCGGAGCCGCGUGGACACAUUUGGAUAUGCGCACACGUUUGGAUGCGUUUGGCUCGUGGGAGAUACUUAAGUUUCUUACUGAAAAAUAUACUAUAUACGGACGAGUAAAUAUGAGUAAAACACACAGUGGGAUGUGAUCUGGUCCGUCACGUAAUUGUCAGUGUGGAAAGUUUUUUGAGUGUUUUGUGUGUUUGUGUGGUGAAGAUGCGCUGCGUUUGUGCGCUGUUGCUGAUGGUGCUGCUGGAUAAAACCGUAACUCUGCCUGCGUGGACAAAACACACGGUGGCGAGCAUCCGGUCAUUUAAGCCAUGUGCUCAGGUACCUGCACAUGUGGACAGGAGGUCUCAUGAAGGUCUGGCUCGGUUCAGGCGCUAUGCCAUCAACCCACUGGGAUACAAAUGGGAUCAUUUCAACAUCACCUACAAGUGAGAACACCACCAUCAGAAAAAGAGCAACAUUCACACAAAAUUAUACGGAUCACAAAGUUUCCCAACACGCUGAAUAAAGAAGAUACGCGCAAAGCCAUCACUAUUGCCUUUACAAAGUGGAGUGAUGUUUCCCCUCUCACUUUCACUGAGGUCAGGAAUCUCAACAGAACUGCUGACAUCACAAUAGGGUUCUACACAUACAAUCAUACAGAUUGUUGGUGGUCUCCACUGCAUCCAUGUUUUGAUGGACUGAACGGUGAGUUGGCCCACGCCUUCCUGCCUCCACGUGGAGAGAUCCACUUUGACAACCAUGAAUUCUGGAUUUUGGGCAAAUCCCGCUUCAGCUGGAAACAAGGAGUGUGGCUGAAUGACCUGGUUCAGGUAGCUGCUCAUGAGAUCGGUCAUGCUUUAGGUCUCUGGCAUUCACAGGACCCUAAUGCUCUAAUGCACCCUAAUGCAACUUACACGGGUCAACGAAACAUCGCCCAAGAUGAUAUCUGGGGCAUCCAGCGCCUUUACGGAUGCAUGGAUAAAAAGCGCGUGUGUGAUCCCUGGGCACGGCUUGGCUUUUGUGAGAGGAGGCGGAGUUUCAUGAAGAAAAAUUGCCCGAAGCGCUGCGACCUAUGUUAUGAGCCUCUGGAUGCAGUAUCCACCCCGACUCCUCCCCCUGACAACGUGAAGAUCAAAAUUGUACCCCGUGGAAAAGUUGUGGGCUUUCGCUGUGGGACAAAAAACACCAGAGUUCCUCCAAAAGUCAGCUGGUACAAGGAUGGCGAGCAGCUCCUGACAUCUAUUCCUGGAUAUAUUGUAAUCAAGGAUCGGGACCUGCGGUUGGUGGCCAACGAAUUCAACGAAGGCACCUACACCUGUCGCAUCCAUCGCCGCGGUAACAUCGUCUCUGCCAACUCGUGGGCAAUCCGCUUGAAGCCAGAGAAAUCAUCAAACAACAGCUGAUGAUGUGAGAUUUAUUGAGCACCGGCUCUACCUCUAGGGCACUUAGAUCUGCUCUCCUGACCUCUGCUGCAGGACAGACAUCUCUGUGUGGACUUCAGAUCCAUUGAGUGCUUCAAAGACAUCUGUGGGCGUAUCAAUCUCAGAUAAUUGAGGUGAAACACACAAAACCAUGUCUAGGUCAAAUAUAUUCAGGACGAUUACAGCAAAAAUAUAUUCUUGGUGCCGCAAUGAACAUUUGACACGGUAGUCAUUUGAUUACUUCUGUAAUUAUUAUUCUCAAAGAUCCCCACUAUUAAAAAUGCAUUACUCCAAAUAACUAAAUAAAUAAACACAGAAAAUUAAAUAAAAAAAUUAAGUGUAAAGCCCAUGCAACGGUAAUGUAAUGUCAUUAUAACUAACGCAUAAUAAUAAUACAUUUAUAAGACGUUUUGGGGUCAUAGUACACAAAAUCUUAAAGGGUUAGUUCAUCUCCACCAUUAAAAUAGACAUGAUA